CAUAUCUUAUCUCAUUUAUAGAUGAAACACGUAGAUCUGGAUGCAUUUAAAUAUUUAGGCUUGCAUUAAAUAUGCUUGGCAAAUUAGUCAAAUCUUUAGCAGUUUUUCUUUGUGUAUAUCUGUACAUUCUUGUUGCGGAAUCAUAUUUUGUGAACAACCAGACAUGUUUUUCUAGGAUUUACCAUUCACAAGAUGAUGGAGAGCAGGAUUACUGUACUUCAGUAACAGGAGUCACAUUUCAAGUUGGUUCCGAGUUGAUAAUCAAGGAGAGAUGUUUAAAAUGCAACUGUUCUAUGCUAACUGCACCAAACAGUGCUCAUAUGAUGUGUUGCGGGUAUGGAGGAAAGGGGCACUAUACAGUUCCGACAGGUUGCAGUAUUACCAUUGGCACAGAUAAUUGUACAGUCAACCUUGUUUCUGCACACAAUGCGUCGAAACUAUGUCCUUAUUGAUCAUUAUUAUGUGUCAUUAAAACAUAAUAAAGCAUUUCUAUAGUGA